AUGUUGGCCGUCAAGAACUUCUUUAUGCCUGAGAAGCGGGUCGAUUCCCCGCGCUUCUCUCGCAUGCCGGAGGCUCUUAUGCGCUCCAUACGGAGGCGCUCGCUAAGAGUCAAAAGGACCAAGUCCCUGGUGAUUGUCAACGAGAAGAGGAAAUCCGAUUCGUUCGUCAACAGUCAAGAAUGGACCGCAUCCCGUGGGGUUACAGAGCUUCGCGUGGGUGUGUUGGGCUCAGCGGACAGUGGGAAGUCUGCGCUGGUACACCGUUAUCUUACCGGUGCAUACAUGCAAGAGGAGAGUCCAGAAGGCGGUCGCUUUAAGAAAGAAGUAAUAAUCGACGGGCACAGUUACCUAUUGCUUAUAAGAGACGAAGGUGGCUCACCGGAGAUGCAGUUUACGGCUUGGGUGGAUGCCGUAAUAUUUGUGUUUGGUCUUGAAAACGAAACUAGUUAUAAAACAGUUUCGACCUACUUCAAUAAGAUGUCUCACUACCGGAAUUCAGCCGAAAUUCCAAUCAUACUGGUUGGGACUCAAGAUGCCAUAAGUGAAAGUAGUCCACGCGUAGUAGACGAUAACCGAGCUCGUAAGUUGUCGAACGAACUGCGGAGAUGUUCUUACUACGAGACGUGUGCGACGUAUGGAUUGAACGUAGACAAAGUAUUCCAAGAUGCGUGUCAGAAAAUCGUCGGCACGAGGCUGUCUGCCUCUUCGCAGUGCUUGGCGGGAUCCAGGCCUGUUACGCCGCAGCCCUUGGCUAAUUCACCAAGCCACAAUCACUCCACAUUCCUUUAUAAGGACUCGCUGCCGCGUGGCCAUCACACGCUAUCCGCUUCCUCGCAUCACUUGCACCGCGGCGCGUCGUCGUUCGACGCGUCGUCCAACAGCAGCGGAAUAUCCUCCACCCACGUGGUAGAGAUCCACAGCACGAACGGCUCGGAUAGCUCGUCGCGAUGGGGCAACUCCCUAGGCAGCCACGGCUCCUCCACGGCCCUCGUUUCCAUAGCGACGGAGAACAACAACGUCAAGUUCACCGCGCCCCACUGCCUCGACAACCUCGCGAAGGACCCCAAGGACCCCAAGGACCCCAAGGACCUACUCCCCACGCCCUCCUCGACGCCCACCACCUCGAGGAAGUCCCGCCGCAGGUCCAACCUCUUCACGCCCUCUAAGAAGGGAGACGACAGGCUGAAGAACGGCGAACUAGGUUCCGGGCGGGCGAUACCACUGAAACAGGGCUACCUGUACAAGAAGAGCAGCAAGGCGCUGAACAAGGAGUGGAAGAAGAAGUACGUGACCCUCUGCGACGACGGACGCCUCACGUACCAUCCCAGUUUGCACGAUUACAUGGAAGACGUGAACGGCAAGGAGAUAUCGCUGCAGUACGUCACCGUCAAGGUGCCGGGCCAGAAGCCGCGCGGCUCCAAGUCCAUCAUCACCACCGUGCCAGGGUACAACGGCUACAGCGGCCUGGACAUCCACGAGAGCAUCGGCGGUCUAUCGCUUGGGUACAAGGAGCCGGCCGGCGCACGCGCGCCCGACGCGGAGCACGCCGAGCGCGACACGCCCCACGUCAAGAAGCGCCACCGCCGCGCCAAGAGCAGCGGCCUCAAGAAGGACGCCGAUGAAGACGGCGACAGCGCCACGCCGUGCGAGUUCACGAUCGUGAGCCUGGACGGGAAGCGCUGGCGCUGGGAGGUGGGCGGCAGCGGGGCGGCCGCGGCGGCAGAGCGCGACGCCUGGGUGGCGGCCGUCGAGGCGCAGAUCCUCGCCUCGCUGCAGGGCCGGACGUGCCGCCAGCCGGCGCCGACGGGCGCUAACACGACGGGCGAGGUGCGCGCCGCGCGCUACAUGCGCCGCGUGGCCGGCAACCAGCGCUGCUGCGACUGCUCCGCGCCAGACCCCGACUGGGCUAGUCUGAACCUGGGCGUGUUGAUUUGCAUAGAAUGUUCCGGAAUACACAGGAACCUCGGAUCCCACAUAUCGCGAGUGCGCUCCCUAGAUUUGGACGAGUGGCCAUUGGGACACGUUAGCGUCAUGGUGUCGAUAGGCAACACUUUGGCCAACUCAAUAUGGGAGGCAGAUCUGCGUGGCCACAUCAAACCCAUCGCUACCUCCAGCAGGGAGGAGAAAGAAAGGUGGAUCCGGCUGAAGUACGAGCGGCGCGCGUUCCUGUGCGGCGAGGGCGCACCGAGCGGCGAGGCUCUGCGCAGCGCUGCGGCGCGGGGCCACAUGGGGGCGCUGCUGCGCGCGCUCGCCGCGCCCCCGCCGCGCCCCCACUCGGCGCACGCGGCCGGCUGCGCGCACGAGAGGGCGCUCGCGCUGCGCGCCGCCGCCGCCGCGGGACACCUCGCCGCCGCGCAGCUGCUCAUCUGGCACAACGGCAACCCGAACUACCCGGACGCGGACGGCCACUCGUGCGUGUUCUACGCGCGCGCCGCCGCCAACCACCUCUCGGGGAUCCCCCCGCAGUACCCCAAGCACCUGCAGCUCGACUGCCCGCUGCACCCGAACCCGCCGGCACUAACCGGCACCAACACCGGCACCAACACGAGCGCCGGCACCAGCACCAGCACCAGCACCAGCACGAGCACCAGCACCAGCUCCGGCAAGCAGGAGCCGGAGCCCGAAUGCAACUGCGUCAUGUUCGAGCUGCUCAGCGCGCAGCGGGCGGCGAACGCGCUCGUCGACUUGCUCAUCGGGCUGCAGGGCGCGCACUACCCGGCCGGGAUGGAGGCCCACGCCCACGCCCACCCGCUCGCGCCCCACGCCCACGCGUCGCCGCUCGCCCACGCCCACGCCCGCCCCAACCUCUCGCUGACUAACGGAAAGUGCGGCAGCAUCGUC